AUGCAACAUCGAGCCAGGGUUCCUCCGGACCACACCGUUGGAUCAGGCCGGAGCUACGGACCGUGGAAAGGUCACCAUCAAGCACACACCCGGAAACGAGCGAGAGCUUGCGUUACCUACGAGGAUGAACAGAAAUUGGUCAUGGGGGCGAGGCCCCGUCUCAUCGUCACACGAUCACUGCGCCCCCCGAUAUUCCCUCGCCUCUUCAGCUGCAAACGGCUCAGCGUCAGGUUUGCCGACAUCCCUCGCCAAUCAACGGAAUCGUGGGCCUGGGCGUGGCAGGCAACGCGAAGACGGGAUACCGCGCUUGGAUACAAGGAUCCACGGCCGACAUUUCAAGAGGAGCCAAUGCAAGUAUCGAUACCAGCCGGAGGCUCAGCGAAGGCGCCAUUUUGCGUCGACACCCCUCCCCAAUCAGCUCGUAGUGGUUCCGUCGCAUUCCUCGGGGAAAGGCGGGCGCUGACGGGGAGCCUAGAAGGGAUUUCGUUCGAGGGGAGGGAGUGGGGGGAAGGGGGCGAGGGGGCGCGAGGGCGCAACGGUUCGGGAAGGAAGCUCGGCAGCAGGCUGUGGGAGGGCGAAAGGGGGGAAGCGGCAAGGGCAAAGGGGAAGGGCGAAGGGGAGGAGCGAGGCGAGGGAGGGAAAAUAUUGAGAAGGUGGAAGAUCGAUGAUGUAACUCAAAGCGGCGAGCUCGAGCGGCGCCAAACCCGAACGGGCGACGGCAGGUUCGAGGCGGCCAAUGGGCGGGGUCGACGGCGGCACGCCAGGCCCGUAAGAAAGUUUAUGAAUAAGCAGAAGCUUUCAUGA